AAUUUCUUCCACUUCAACAAUCGGAGUAUAUAACCAAGCAUUUUACCAACUUAGCUUAUUCAUGUAUCCCACAAACACAAAGUAACACCCAAAAUAUAAUAAUUUUCCUUCCAAAUUGAUAAAUAUAUAAUGGAUGACAAACCACAAAGGCUUCACGUAGUCCUCUUUCCGGCUAUGGCUCCCGGCCAUAUGAUCCCAGCCUUAGACAUCGCCAAGUUGUUUGCAACCAACAAUGUCAAAACUACCAUAAUCACAACCCCUCUCAACGCACCAUUUUUUACUAAAGCACUUCAACCAAUGAUCGAUGUUGAAAUCAUACCAUUUCCAUCUAAAGAAAGUGGUAUUCCGGAGGGAAUUGAAAGUGGCGACCAAAUAUCGUCUAAUGAAUUAUUUAAAAAAUUCUUCGAGGCGACCGAGUUGCUACAAGAGUCACUUGAACAAGUCAUGGAGAAAUACAAGCCCAAUUGCUUAGUUGCGGAUAUGAUAUAUCCUUUUGCUACUGAUGUUGCAGCCAAAUUUAAUGUGCCAAGGUUAGUAUUUCAUGGAGGUAACUACUUUGCAUUUUGUGUGGGGCACGCGUUGAUGAAGUACGAGCCUCAAAAAGAUGUAACAUGUGAUGAUGAGGAAUUUGUUGUACCUAAUCUUCCUCAUGAAAUAAGACUUACAAGAACUCAGCUUGUAGCUGAUGUUAAAGAGCUAGGUAUGGAAGAGUGGAUGAAAAUAUUCGGUCGUGCUAUGGAGGUCGAGGAGAGGAGCUAUGGCAUCAUUGUGAAUAGCUUUCUUGAGCUUGAGCCCGAGUAUGUUGAUUAUUAUACAAAGGUUAUGGGAAAGAGGGCAUGGCAUAUUGGUCCUGUUUCACUAUGCAACCGCGAAAAAGAAGCUAAGUUUCAAAGGGGGAAGGACUCCUCUAUUGGUGAGCAUGAGUGCUUGAAGUGGCUCAAUUCCAAGAAGCCUAAUUCCGUUGUUUAUGUUUGCUUUGGUAGCAUGGCGGAAGUCUCAACCUUGCAACUCCAAGAGAUCGCGAGGGGCCUAGAAGCUUCCGAACAAGAUUUUAUAUGGGUAGUGAGGAGGAGUAAUAAUGGUGAGGGCGAGAAAAAUGAAGAGUGGCUACCACAUGAAUUUGAGAAAAAGAUGGAAGGAAAAGGACUAAUUAUAAGGGGAUGGGCGCCUCAAAUGCUAAUUUUGGACCACGAAGCUAUAGGAGCAUUCGUGACACAUUGUGGGUGGAACUCGACAUUGGAAGGCAUAUCAUGUGGAGUUCCCAUGGUAACUUGGCCAGUGUUCGCCGAGCAGUUUUAUAAUGAAAAGUUGGUGACUCAGGUUUUGAAGACCGGGGUUGGUGUCGGAGCUAAGAAAUGGAGUAGAGUAGCGGAGAAUGUAAAAUCGGAAGAUAUAAAGAAAGCUGUAACAAAAAUUAUGGUGGGUGAAGAGGCUUUGGAGAUAAGAAGCAGGGCAAAGAAGAUGAAAGAGUUAGCAAGGAAGGCUGUUGAAGCUGGUGGAUCAUCUUAUUGUGAUAUGAAUUCCUUAAUACAAGAAUUGAGCUCGUAAAUGAUGAGGUUAUUGUUGACACUUAAUAAAUAGCAUAAAUCGAAUUUAUCACUUGUUCAGUUCUAAUGUAAGUGUGGUCUCCUUGAUAAUAAGUACUUUCUUGGGAUUAUUGUAUUUCCUUCGGUUUGUAUGUAUUAUUAUGUCCGGUAAAAUUGUCACUUUUUAAUUUUCAAUGAAAACUAAAUUUGGAGUAUGCA